AUGAAUGAGCAGCUCGUGUUGCAGACCGGAACAUCACUUUUCAAUUCAUUAGUGUCGGCGCACAAUUUACUCAAAUUGCUGAAUAGCCGUUUUUCAAGAGAAAAAAUUGCUGAUUGUACAUCUGAAUAUCAAGUAUAUCUGGUAAUCCGGUUUGGUAAUUGUCUUCAAAAUACCUGUGGAAGAACAACAAGAAUGUUGGAUCAGCCUGUUUGCUGGCCACUACACCGGAAAUAUAUCCUGAGCGGUCUCUUAGCGACUUUUCUUUGUGGUGCUUUUCAUUGGCGAGGAAAUUCAUUCACAAAUUACUGGAAACCAGUGGAACAAAAAUCAGGUUACGAUGUGCGAUAUGCAUCCUUGAAUCUGGCAGAAAAGAACUCGAGUUGUUGGAAGAUAAUUAGUGGUGACCCUGAAGCUAUUGAAGAGGCUGUUUUAAACUCCAUCACUAUCGCAAACAAGCAUAAAGCCGUAAAUGAAACGGAUUAUUUAGCAAUGACGCAAGACUGUGACAAUUUUGUUAAAAUCCGCAAAUACAUCAGUUUCCCGUUAAGUACAGAGGAACGCGAUUUUCCCCUGGCCUAUUCCAUGGUGAUCCAUAGCAACAUUGAGAUGUUCGAGAGGCUCCUAAGAAGCAUUUAUGCUCCACAGAACGUGUACUGUGUCCACGUGGACAGGAAGUCUCCAAAUCAAUUUCACUCGGCUGUCCAGGCCAUCGCUUCCUGUUUCAGUAAUGUCUUCAUUGCAGGAAAGUUAGAAUCGGUGACAUACGCCUCAUGGUCCAGAGUUCAGGCUGAUCUGAACUGUAUGGAAGAGCUGCUGCACAGCCCUGUCCAGUGGAAAUACCUCAUAAAUGUUUGCGGACAAGACUUUCCAACGAAAACCAAUUGGGAGAUAGUCAACAGUCUUAUGGCCAGGAACGGCUCAAAUAUUAUGGACUCAGUAGCCCCGCCAAACUACAAAAAGAGAAGAUGGGAAUUUCAUUAUGAAAUCCGUAACGGUGUUGUCAGAACUCAGCAAAAGAAGACUCCCCCACCCAUAAGCAGUCCCAUGUAUGUGGGGGGUGCCUACAUUCUUGUCACCAGAGAAUUUGUGAGGACUUUGUUUGUGAACCCGGAAAUCCAAGCGUUUUUCAAUUGGUCCGAGGACACCUACAGCCCCGACGAACACAUCUGGGCAACCUUACAGAGGAUGCCUGAGAUACCCGGCUCCGUAACGUACACUCCAGGACACCAGAAGAGUGACCCAGUUCUUACCCGAGCAGUGAAGUGGUCUUUUGAGGCUGGUGAUGUAGCGAAGGGAGCCACGUAUCCGCCUUGCACAGGAAGGUACCGCCAUCUAAUCUGUGUUUAUGGGUCUGGAGAUCUACCCUGGAUCGUCCAACAGGAACGUCUGUUCGCGAACAAGUUUGAUCUGCAAGUGGACAACACAGCUGUGCAAUGCAUGGAGGAAUAUGUCCGAUACAAAGUGAUUAAUGAAACACGAUCUUAA